UAAGUUGACAAUAGCAUUAUGUGGAAAAUGUGUAAUUUUGAAAAAUAUAAAAUGAUGAAUCACACCCCCACCAAAUUGCCCACUUUUUGAAAGAGCGUCUCUUUCUUUGUCAUGGUCUCUUUGUUGACGGAAAUUCCUCGGAGGAAUAUGAGCGGGAUUCACACAGUCAGAUGGGCCACCAAACAACAUCAGCCAGCCAGCUUAUUUUCUACUCUCGUCGUUCUUUAAAUUAAUUAUUUAUUACUUUGAUCGUAUGUGGAGAUGGCUAAAAGGAGAAAUUCUGAGAUGGACAAUUUGGAAGGGGUGUCCGCUACCACGGUAAAGCAAGUAAAAUUGGAGCAAAGGGAGGGAGGAGAAAGGCAGGCCUGCUUCGUGGGGGCUAGCGGAAAUGUCCUCGUAAUGGAUUCUAGCAAGAGUGACGAAGAUGAAGCCUAUGUCCUGGGAGGUAGUCAGAUUGAAACGGAAAGCAGAGAGACGACAGCAGUGGAGUCAAGGAGAUUAUUAGAGAGUAGGCCAGGGUUAGUUGUUGCUGGACCAACAAACCCAUUGAUGCCAAAAAGAGUGCAAAUGUUAAAGCCUAAAAAAUUUCGAGAUGAACCCUUAACUUUACAAUGUGAGUGGCAGGAUUGCACAUUUACUACUCAAGUCAUGGAUGUGUUUAUGGACCAUGUUGGAGCCCACGUUCCUUCAGUUGAAGUCGUGCUGAGGGAAGAUUUUGCUACCAUGACAGUGAUAUUCGGUUGUAAUUGGAGACACUGUCCCUGGACAACCGACAAGACUGAAGAUCUACAACGGCAUCUUUUUCUUCAUGCUUAUCAUACAAAGCUGAAAUGUAUUGGGCUAAAUACGUCAACAAGAAGCAAUCUGAACCAAUGUGCAGCAGAUUCAAGCAAUAGAAACAUUUUACCAGAUUUGUCAGCAGAUUUAACCUGCGUGUGGGGAAGCUGUUGCCAGAUAUUUACAAAUAUUCAAUUGUACUACAAUCAUAUUGGUGAUCAUAUUGAUAGCACACCUCGUGGGAAAACCGUUCAUGGAGGAAUAAAGUGCGUCUGGCGAGGUUGUGCCUGUUCAUUUCCAAAUGCUGUGAAAUUACGGGACCACAUGAGAAGUCAUACUCAGGAAAAAUUGCUGGCGUGUCCAACGUGUGGAGGACUUUUUGCUAAUCGAACCAGAUUUUUUGACCACUGUCAGCGGCAACAACUUAAUAUGGAAGAAGAAGGCUUUGCUUGCGAUGUCUGUAUGAAAUUCUUCUCUACGGCGCGUCUAUUGCGAGAUCACAUCCGGUCUCACGUUAACACGUACAAGUGCCUUAAAUGUGAAAUGUCCUGCUCGUCGCCAUCCGCUUUAAAUUUACAUAUGCGAUACAAACACUCGGACGAGAAACCAUAUGCUUGUCAACAUUGUGCUUAUACCUGUAAAUCAUACAACGAUUUAAAUCGGCACACAAAAAUCCAUGGAGGUCUGUCCUAUGAAUGUGACGAAGAGGGGUGCAAUUUCAAUUGUAAAUCAAUGUCUAGCUUAAAGACGCACUGGUUGAAACAACAUGGUGAUGGCAAAUCAAAAUACGCCUGUCAUGUGUGCGAAAAGAUGUUUUUGAAAGGGUAUUAUUUGACCAAACAUCUUACUUCGAUUCAUAAAUUACAAUGGCCAGCUGGACAUUCACGGUUUAGGUACAAAUUAUGCGACGACGGAUUCUACCGUCUACUGACAGUACGAUACGAAAGUGUCGAAGAACAAGACCCUUCGAGUUAAAAAGUCACAAGUUUGUUAUCUCACGACGAAUAUUAAUGUUUUGUAUGUUAACUUUAGUAAUCUAGUUCUUUUCUCUUUUUGUUGCAUUGUAGUUUAAUAAAAUCGUUAAAGACAUAAUUUGGA